AUGAACGCACACAUCUUCACGGCUGACUAUUUUGGAAUGAUGAUUGUCAACAACAAAAAGGAGGGUGAAAAGAAAACUUACCGAGUGGAAAUCGUCGAAGAACAGAACAUCAAAUGGAACUUCCUCCACGGACGUGACGAUAUCGACCCGACAACUUGCGGUGAAUGGAUGCUGAUCUGCUCGUAUCGAUCGACUGGCGACCACCCAUUGGCCGAGUUUCACCUGGUCGAAGAAGCAGAAGCGAUAAAAUCACCUUCUCUGUCUGCCUGA